UUUUGUACUUAAAACGAUAUUAAAAUACACAGUUGAAGGUUUUUAGUAAACAAUAUUGUCCAAUAUUUCAUAACCUAUAAUGAAUAUCUUGUAUGAAUUGCUUUAAGGAUUAUAAAAAGCUCAAAUAAAACGAAAUGACUACAAAAAUGGGGAAGAAACAAAUUAUACAGGCUGUAGUUCUUGCAGAUGAUUUUAUAACGAGCUUGACACCUGUACAAGAUAUAUUCCCAACUAUAUUAAUGCCUGUAAUAAAUAUUCCAGUGUUAGAUUAUUUGGUGGAAACACUGAUUAAAUCCAGAGUGCAAGAAUUAUUCCUUUAUUGUAGUAACCAUGUAGACUUGAUAAGAGCAUACAUCAAACAGAAAAAAUGGUUUAAAAUAUCAGUUUCUUUAAUUGUAUCAGAUACUUGUACUUCUCUUGGAGAUGCUCUUAGAGAUAUUGAUACAAAAGGUUCAAUUCGUGGUAAUUUUAUACUUAUAAGAGGAGAUGCAUUUAUUAAUGCUGAUCUUACCAAUCUUUUAAUCAAUCAUUGUGCAAAACUGAAAGAAGAUAAAGGUGCAUCCAUGACCAUGGUACUAAGAAAUAUUGGAUCUAUGAAUGAAUCUUUCUUGAAGCAUGAAUCAUGUUUGGUAGUUUCUGACAAAAGUAGCAAAAAGAUUCUACAUUAUAAUAUAAUACGGAAAGAUUUGAAGAAAGUGAAGUUAGAAUUAAAUUGGUUUUUGGAUCAUAGUGAGAUUGAAAUUAACACUUGUUUUAUGGAUACUCAUGUUUAUUUAUGUUCUCCUUCUGUGUUACCAUUAUUCUCUGACAAUUUUGAUUUCCAAACAAUGGAAGAUUUCAUUCGAGGAGUGUUGAUGAAUGAAGAAAUUUUAAAUUCUCGAAUUUAUUGGCAACAAUUAAAUCCUCAGGAUUAUAGUCUGCCAAUUGUAUCAUGGAAUGCAUAUCAUACUCUUAACCGAGACAUUCUGAACAGACAUAGUUUCCCACUUACACCAAAUGCUAUUCCACUUUUAAAAGAUUUUAUUUAUAUGCCAAGAAGCACGUAUAAACAUAAAAAUGCCACUCUUGCUAAAGGUUGUGUAUUAGAGAAAGAUAGUAUAUUGUGCCAAAAUAGUAUUCUUGGGAAUAAUACGUCUGUUACAAGAUCAAUUAUUGGAAAUCACUGUUUGGUAGGGUCUAAUGUAACAAUUAAGAAUUCUUAUAUUUUAUCAGAUAGUAAAAUUGAAGAUAAUUGUACUAUUGUAAAUAGUAUAGUAUUUACAAAUUGUUUUAUUAAAGAAAACACACAAAUAAGUGGAUGUAUAUUAUGUCCUAAAACAAUUAUUCGUACUCCAAAGGAGUAUAUUGAUUCUAUCAUAGAAUCAGAAAAUGACAAAAUUUCUAUAAAAACAAUAUCAGAAAUUGACCCAUGUAAUGAAUUUCAACUCUUUAAGAAUUAUAAUACACUAGAAAAUGAUAAUUAUGUGCCUAUAAAUACAGAUACAUCAAGUAUUGAUGAAGAUUCUGAAUGUAAUUUUAUUGCAGAUGACACAAGCUUGUUCUUAUCUGAGGUUAUUGAUAGCUUAUUAAGAGGUUUUCAAGAUCAACUUAACUGUGAAAACUUAAUUUUAGAAAUAAAUUCUUCAAGAUAUGCAUACAAUGUCACUAUGAACAAAGUAACAUAUAAUGUUAUUAAAGCCAUAUUAAGUUUACCUUUCCAUUACCUUUCAGAAGAAAAGGAAAUUCUAACUAACCUAGAUUACCAUAAAAAUUUAAAACGUGUGGUAACAUAUUUUUAUCCAAUUAUCUUGAAUUAUGUUAAAACAGAAGAUGCACAAGAUGACUGUUUACAUGCAAUAGAAGAGGUUGCAAGUACAACUCAAGAACUGUUACCAUUUUUGCAACUUUUAUUGCAUAUGCUUUAUGAUAGAGAUGUAUUAUCAGAAGAAAAAAUUUUAGAAUGGUAUGAAUCUAAAGAUAAAGAUAUAGAUUCACAUGAGAAGAAUAAAGUGAGAGCAGCAGUACAACCAUUCAUUAAAUGGUUAGAAGAAGCUGAAGAAGAUUCUAGUGACAGUGAAAAUGAUUAAUCACAUAUUAAUCUCUUCAACAAUUUUGGAAAGGCAAAAUAGUAUCAAUUAAGUUAUGCCAAGCUCGAUGACGGUGGUCUGGGAAUUUGAUUACGUCUAUCCAAUGUCGUAAUCGUGCUCCUUUGCUAUUACAACUUAGUUCAAGUCCACCUAAAUAAAAAUAAGGAAGAUAUUGCUAUAAUAUAUAUACAUAAACUUCUUCAAUACAACACACAACAAUAUAAUUAUUAAAUUUGAAAAAGUUAAUGCAUUACCAAGGUAGUCAUUACUUUUGCCAAAAUCCUUAUCCCAUACUGUGAGAUAUAAUGUGAAUUUCAUAAGAUCUGUUAAUCGAGUAGCAAAAGUAAAUUCUUCGUUCCACUCUGGAUUUAAAGUUUUCCAUUUGAUUGUUGUACUUUGCGCAUUGCGAUUUGUGGUUUUCUUUGAUACUAGCUUUUUAGCAGUAAUACGUGCGAUUGAAUAGUCGAAGACACGUUGUCGAUGAUUGUUUGUCACGUUCUCUAUAAGGCACAGCUUGACGAAUGGAUCAGAAAAUCCGUUACUGUCCAUAGGAAGAAGAUUUGUAGCUCGAUGAAUUGUGACCGUCAAUGCUCGCCGUCUUGUACAGUAACUUAGACUCACUUGAAUCUGUCCUCGUCCACUGGAAAUCACGCCCCAAGCUGCUUCUUCGUUGUCCACCUAUGCCAACGUCGAGCUCUUAUAUCUUAGUGUCUGCAAUAAUGUAAGUAAAGUCGGCCGUCGCGAAAAAUUUUAAACGCGGGAAAUGAUUAUGUUUAUAAAGAUUAGUAAUUAAAGAUCAGUAAAAUUCUUGAACGAUAGUGAAACGUUAAAUGCACAAGGGGAAAUAAUGAACGAUAUGCAGAUUUGAUAGUAAAAAUUAAGAAAACAUUCGCGUCCAAAAGGUUAAAAAAUUCGAUUUUUGGACUUUCGCAUUUAUAUUUUCUUUUUCAAGAUAUAAAGAUAAAAUUUAUAACGUUGCUAGAGUUAUGUGUCACUGCUCACUAUUUUAUAAUUAUUUAAAAUAUGAAUACAUAUAUGUAUAUAGAAACGAAUGAAUCUUGACUCUUUAAUAACUGUUUGUUUUUCUUUUUAUACACGUAUUUAUUAUGUACAUAUUUAUAUAUGCCAAAAAUCGACUCGAAAAACUAUCUUUUAGACUAAAACAUUCCUCGAAAUAGAACAGCAUAAUUAAAAUAAUAUAAUAAUAUGCUUAUAUCAUUUGUAAUCGUUAUUACUUAAUAUUAAAAAGAAAUAAAAAGAUUAGAGUUCUAAUUAUA